AUGCCGUCACUUUCAGGCCUCCGUCUUGGGAUUGGCAUGGACGCUACUAAGCAAUUUGUGUCCAACCUAGACGCCGUGUCAAUCAUACUUCUCACUGUCACACUCGCCGCUUUCCUCGUCCCCAUCUUCAUCCUCUUCCCACCCGUCACCGUGGAUUGCAGCGAUGUCCUCCGGCAGACCCACUCACGGGCCGGUGACGACCUCCGUCGUGAAUCGUCGGGCCACCGGGUUUCGGAGGUGAAAAGUCGGCACAUCUCCCCCGUUGAGUCGUGCCGAGGAAUUGAGCUCCAGAGCAACGUGACUUCUUCAUCUGAUAGUAUGGAAUACCAUCGGCUGUAUACGUUCGCUCAACUAGACCCUCAAGUUGGUGAGGGAGAUAGCCCUGUGUGGGAAGCCAUCUCAAGCGAACACUUCCCAUUGCUGGCCAAUAUUGAAGUCGACCUCUGGACACCCGAUCCCAACAAGUCAAGCCGUCUACUAGGCAAGGUAGAUGGCUCCUUUCUUGUCUUGCGGUUCCCCUGGACAGAUGCGGGACUUGUGCAACAGGUCUCGGCCAAGAUCAGCCAUGGAUUUGGCGCAUCACCGGAGAAAGAAUUCAUGCUGCCGGUGUCAUUUCCAGACGAGACUGAAAUUCGAGUACAGGGUUACUCUUUCGCCGAGGUUAAGAUUGGGGGUAAUAUCACCACAGCAUUGAAUAUGGAUGUAGAACUCCCUGCCGAGCUGGCUCGGUAUUUGGGGGUAGAACAUCAUCUUGGGAUCUUUAGGGUAGAUGAACCGUGA